AUGAGUGAUCUGCCUAUUGAAUUUACAGAAUUGGUCGAUUUAACCUCUCUAGGGAUUUCCCCUCAAUCCCUGGACUUUAGAUCAACCACCUUCGAAAGUGACCACUAUGUUACCGUAAGAGAAUCCCAUGAUGGUUCCAAUUCGGUGUCUAUCGUCGAUCUAGCCAAUGGAAAUCAAGUGACUAAGAAAAACAUGGGUGGUGAUUCUGCCAUAAUGCAUCCAAAUCAAAUGGUUAUCUCCGUGAGAGCUAAUGGAACCAUUGUGCAAAUCUUCAAUUUGGAGACAAAGACAAAAUUGAAAUCGUUUACCCUAACGGAACCAAUCAUUUUCUGGAAAUGGUUAAAUGAUGAAACUUUAGGUUUAGUUACAUCUCAAUCAGUCUUGAUCUGCAAUGUCUUUGAUGGCGUUGUAGAUGCCAGACCUACCGUCUUGACCGCAAGACACGCAAAUUUGAACAAUACCCAAAUUAUUAACUUUGUCGCAAACGCUAAACUAGAUUGGUUUGCUGUGGUGGGUAUAUUACAAGAAAAUGGUCGUAUUGCCGGUAAGAUUCAAUUAUUUUCCAAACAACGUAAUAUUUCUCAAGCAAUUGACGGACACGUCGCUAUCUUCACAAACAUCUUAUUGGAAGGUAAUGGAAGUAGUCCUGUUCAAGUCUUCGUGACAGGUAAUAGAAACGCUACUACUGGAACAGGUGAAUUGAGAAUCAUUGAAAUCGACCAUGAUCAAUCAUUGCCUACUCAAUAUCAAAAGAAAAAUAGCGAAAUUUUUUUCCCACCUGAUGCUACUAAUGAUUUCCCAAUUGCUGUGCAAGUUUCAGAAAAAUAUGGUAUUGUUUACUUAUUGACCAAAUAUGGGUUCAUUCACCUAUAUGAACUAGAAACUGGUACCAAUCUAUUUGUUAACAGAAUUACAGCAGAAUCUGUCUUUACCGCAACUUCAUAUCAUGAAAAAAAUGGUAUUGCCUGUAUUAACAAGAAGGGUCAAGUUUUAGCAGUGGAAAUUUCAACUUCUCAAAUCGUUCCAUAUAUCCUAAAUAAGUUAUCAAAUGUUUCCUUAGCGCUAACUGUGGCAACAAGAGGUGGUCUUCCAGGUGCUGAUGAUUUAUUUACAAAGCAAUUUGAAUCCUUAUUGGCACAAAACGAUUACCAAAAUGCUGCCAAGAUUGCAGCUUCAUCACAAUCAUUAAGAAACCAAAACACUAUCAAUAGAUUGAAAAAUAUUCAAGCUGCACCAGGUGCCAUUUCUCCAAUCCUAUUAUAUUUCUCCACUUUAUUGGAUAAGGGGAAAUUAAAUAAAGAAGAAACUAUUGAGUUAGCUAGACCAGUCUUACAGCAGGACAGAAAACAACUAUUUGAAAAAUGGUUGAAAGAAGAUAAAUUGGAAUGUUCUGAAGAAUUAGGUGACAUCGUUAAGCCAUUCGACACCACAUUAUCAUUGGCAUGUUAUUUAAGAGCACAAUGUCAUCCAAAGGUUAUCUCAUCAUUGGCUGAAUUGCAACAAUUUGAAAAAAUUAUUCCAUAUUGUCAAAAAGUGAAUUUCCAACCAAACUUCUUAGUUCUAAUUUCUACCAUUGCCAGAACUUCUCCAGAUAGAGCUUCUGAGUUUGCCAUCUCUUUGUUACAAAAUCCUGAAACCGCCCAACAAUUGGAUAUUGAAAAGAUUGCUGAUAUUUUCUUCUCUCAAAACCAUAUCCAACAAGGUACUUCUCUAUUAUUAGAUGCUCUAAAAUCUGACACUCCAGAUCAAGGUCAUUUGCAAACCCGUGUCUUGGAAGUCAACUUAUUACAUGCUCCACAAGUGGCUGAUGCUAUCAUGGGUAACAAUAUUUUCUCCCAUUAUGAUAAACCAACUAUUGCCUCUUUAGCUGAAAAGGCAAAUUUAUACCAGAGAGCUUUGGAGAACUAUACCGAUAUUACAGAUAUUAAGAGAUGUAUUGUUCAUACUGAUGCCUUACCAAUUGACUGGUUAAUUGCUUAUUUUGGUAAAUUAAAUGUGGAACAAUCUUUAGCAUGUUUGAGAGCCUUAAUGGACAACAAUUUGCAAGCUAAUAUUCAAAUUAUCGUGCAAGUGGCGACUAAAUAUUCCGAUUUAUUAGGUUCUGCUACCUUGAUUAAGAUGUUCGAAGACUAUAAGGCCACUGAAGGUUUAUACUAUUAUUUGGCCUCCUUAGUGAACUUAACUGAAGAUAAGGAUGUUGUUUACAAAUAUAUUGAAGCUGCUGCCAAGAUGAAUCAAUUCACCGAGAUUGAAAGAAUUGUCAGAGAUAACAAUGUCUAUGACCCAGAAAGAGUUAAGAACUUCUUGAAGGACGCCAACUUGAACGACCAAAUUCCAUUGGUUGUUGUUUGUGACCGUUUCAACUUUGUUCAUGAAUUAAUUCUUUAUUUAUACAAAUCUCAAAAUUUGAAAUUCAUUGAAACUUAUGUCCAACAAAUUAAUCCAUCAAGAACUGCCCAAGUUAUUGGCGCCUUAUUAGAUAUGGACUGUGAUGAGAAAUUCAUUCAAGACUUGUUACAAUCAGUUCUAGGCCAAGUUCCAAUUGCUGAGUUAACUACUGAAGUGGAAAAGAGAAAUAAAUUGAAACUAUUAUUGCCCUUCCUGGAAGCUACUCUAAAUCAAGGUGUUCAAGACCAAGCUGUCUACAAUGCUCUUGCUAAAAUCUACAUCGAUUCGAAUAAUUCUCCAGAGAAGUUCUUAAAAGAAAACGACCAAUACGAUACUUUAGAUGUUGGUCGUUACUGUGAAAAGAGAGAUCCAUACUUAGCUUAUAUCGCAUAUGACAAAGGUUCCAAUGAUGAUGAUUUAAUCAGAAUCACCAAUGAAAACACCAUGUACAAAUACCAAGCUAGGUAUUUGUUAAAACGUUCUGAUCCAGAAUUAUGGAAUAAAGUUUUGAACCCUGAAAAUGUUCAUAGACGUCAACUGAUUGAUUCUGUUAUCUCUGUUGGUAUUCCUGAAUUGACUGAUCCUGAACCAGUUUCUUUAACCGUUCAAGCUUUCAUGAGUAACGAUUUGAAGCUGGAAUUAAUCGAAUUGUUAGAAAAGAUUAUCUUAGAACCUUCUCCAUUCAAUGAUAAUGUUGCUCUACAAGGACUAUUACUUUUGUCUGCAAUUAAGUACGAACCAACCAAAGUUUCCAACUAUAUUGAGAAGUUAGAUAACUACGAUGCUGAUGAAAUUGCUCCAUUGUGUAUUGCCAACGAUUUGAAGGAAGAAGCCUUUGAAAUCUAUGAUAAGCACGAAAUGUACAGUAAGGCCUUGGGUGUCUUGGUUGAAGAAAUCAUGUCUUUGGAUAGAGCUGCUACCUACGUUGACAAAAUUAAUACUCCAGAAUUGUGGUCCCAAUUGGGUACUGCUCAAUUAGAUGGGUUACGUAUUCCAGAUGCUAUUGAUUCUUACAUCAAGGCAGAAGAUCCAUCUAAGUUUGAAAAUGUUAUUGACAUUGCUGAACAAGCUGAAAAAUAUGAAGAGUUAAUCCCAUACUUGCUGAUGGCAAGAAAGACCUUGAAGGAAUCCAAGAUUGACGGUUCUUUAAUUUUGGCCUAUGCUCAACUGGACAAGAUUCAUGAAAUUGAAAAUAUCUUAGCCGGUUCAAAUGUUGCCAAUUUGGAUAAUGUAGGUGAUAAAUUGUUUGAAUUGAAGAAUUAUAAGGCUGCAAGAUUAUGUUAUGCUAGUAUUUCCAACUAUUCUAAAUUGGCAUCUACUUUAGUUUACUUGGAUGAUUACCAAGGAGCUGUUGACACUGCCAGAAAGGCUUCAAAUAUCAAGGUUUGGAAAUUAGUUAAUGAUGCUUGUAUUGAAAAGAAGGAGUUUAGAUUAGCACAAAUCUGUGGUCUAAACUUGAUUAUUCAUGCGGAGGAAUUAGAUGAAUUGGUUAAUAAGUAUGAGACCAAUGGUUACUUUGAUGAAUUAAUUUCUUUGUUUGAAGCUGGUAUGGGUCUUGAAAGAGCUCAUAUGGGUAUGUUUACCGAAUUAGCCGUUCUUUACUCCAAAUAUGAACCAAAGAAGACCUUUGAACAUUUAAAAUUAUUCUGGUCAAGAAUUAAUAUUCCUAAGGUCAUCAGAGCUGUGGAAGACGCCCAUCUAUGGCAAGAACUGGUAUUCCUAUAUGCUCAUUAUGAUGAAUGGGACAAUGCUGCUUUGGUCAUGAUCGAUAAAUCUACGAAGGAUCUGGAUCAUUCUUAUUUCAAGGAGGUUAUUGUGAAGGUUUCCAAUCUGGAAAUUUACUACAAGGCUAUUAACUUUUAUGUUAAAGAACAUCCAUCUUUGUUAAUUGAUCUGCUAUCUGUUUUAACUCCAAGAUUAGAUAUUCCAAGAACUGUAAAGAUCUUUGCCAAAUCUGAUAACUUACCUCUAAUUAAGCCAUUCUUAAUUAACAUUCUACCAAAGAAUAACUCUGUGGUUAACGAAGCUUAUCACGAAUUAGUUAUUGAGGAAGAAGAUUACAAGGCUCUACAAGAUGCUGUCGAUGCUUAUGAUAAGUUUGACCAAUUGGGUCUUGCUGCCACAUUAGAAACUCAUGAUCUAAUCUUUUUCAAGAAGAUUGCCGCACUGUUAUACCGUAGAAAUAAGAAAUGGGCCAAGUGUUUGACUAUCUUGAAGAAUGAGAAGCUUUGGAAGGAUGCAAUUGAAACCGCUGCAAUUUCUCAGGACCCUAAAGUUGCAGAAGAUUUAUUAUCGUACUUUGUGGAAACUGGCAACAAGGAAGCAUUUGUUGCUCUGUUGUAUUCAGCAUACCACCUCAUCCAAUAUGACGUUGUUUUAGAACUUUCAUGGUUGAAUUCCUUAGAUGAUUAUAUUAAGCCUUAUGAAAUUUCCAUUAAGAAGGAACAACAAACAAAUAUUCAAAAACUUUCGGAGCAACUAGCUGAAAAAUCUGGUGAAGCAGGAGCAAAUGCCUCUGGUCAACCUUUGAUGUUAAUGAAUAGCGCUAACACUAAUGGUUUCAAUGGUGGAUUUUAA